AUGGAUUCUUGUAAAGUUGUCUGUUUCUUCAUCAUCAUCAUCAUCUUCUUCCCCGAGUUCUUGAUCACAGUUUCAAGCAGCACAGAAUUCUGCUCCACAUCAGCCUGUAGCCGGGGUGAGGCCAUUAUUCGAUUCCCUUUUCGACUCGAAAAUCGUCAUCCAAAACCAUGUGGAUAUCCGGGUUUUGACCUGUUUUGUGAUGGUCAAAACCAGACAGUAGUUGCGCUUCCCAAUUCAGGGAACUUCACUGUCCAGGCUAUUGACUAUGAAACUCAAAAUCUGUGGAUUAAUGAUCCUGAAUAUUGCCUCCCAAAGCGCCUUCUCACUUUGAAUCUCUCUGGGCUUCCAAGAGGGGUGCGCUACACCCUAAUUGUGGGGGCCGGUGUACCGGCAAUAUUGUGCGUUGUGGGGCUAUUGUGUUGUAUUUGUCAUAGAGUGAAGCGCUUCGGUAGACAACGCCACACUAUGGUGGAAUUCACCUCCGUGGUGGUGCCACAUACUACCAUCACGUCGGGAUUAGAUAUUACUAUAAUUGAAUCAUACCCAAAAAUAGUUCUGGGUGAGAGUCGGCGUUUAGCUAAACUAGAUGAUAAUAUUUGCUCAAUCUGUUUAUCUGAGUACAUGCCUAACGAGACCUUAAGAAGCAUUCCUGAAUGCCAACAUUGCUUUCAUGCAGAAUGCAUAGAUGAAUGGCUUCAAAUGAAAGCUUCAUGUCCGGUUUGCAGGAGUUCUCCGAAUUCAUCAUAA